CCAUCCAGAGGCCAGAGCCCUGAUUCAGUGGAAAGUAAAGAGAGGACUGCAGGCUUUGGGACUUUGUGCAGACGUGCUUGCAGCAUGGAGGGCGGGAGGCAGGAAAGGAAGGAGGGCAUUGAGAGCUGAGGCCCCACCUUUCAUUCCAGCAGAGCGCAAGGCAGAGCAGGGAGGAGUCACAGGCCCGGCGCUCCCAUAGGUGAGGGAGACUCCUCUCUCUGGGAGAACGCGGUGCUCACUGCUCCUGGAGUGGCCUUGGCAGGGGUGCUGGAGCCCUCGGUCUGCCCGGUCUGGUCUCUGGGGCCAGGGCUGGGUUUCCCUCAUGUAUGGCAAGAGUUCUACGCGUGCCAGGCUUCUUCUCCUUGGCAUACAGCUCGCAGCUCUUUGGCCUACCGCAGCUGUGGAAAUUUACACCUCCCGAGUGCUGGAGGCCGUCAAUGGGACAGAUGUUCGGUUGAAAUGCACCUUCUCCAGCUUUGCCCCUGUGGGUGAUGCUCUAACAGUGACCUGGAAUUUCCGUCCUCAAGAUGGGGGUGCUGAGCAGUUUGUAUUCUACUACCAUGUGGAUCCCUUCAGGCCCAUGAGUGGGCGGUUCAAGGACCGGGUGGUCUGGGAUGGGAACCCAGAGCGAUAUGACGCCUCCAUCCUCCUCUGGAAGCUGCAGUUUGAUGACAAUGGGACAUACACCUGUCAGGUGAAGAACCCACCUGAUGUUGAUGGGCUGGUUGGGGAGAUCCGGCUCAGCGUCGUACACACUGUACGCUUCUCUGAGAUCCACUUCCUGGCUCUGGCCAUUGGCUCGGCCUGUGCAGUGAUGGUCACAAUAGUAAUUGUGGUGGUCCUCUUCCAGCAUUUCCGGAAAAAGCGAUGGGCUGAAAGAGCUCAUAAAGUGGUGGAGAUAAAAUCAAAAGAAGAGGAAAGGCUCAACCCGGAACAAAAGGUCUCCGUUUAUUUAGAAGACACGGGCUAACACUCAGACGGAAGCUGAAGAUUUCCAAGCCCAAGAACCCUAGAAUGAGUUGAAGUUAAUGGAAGCUUUUCUUUGACUUUUCCAGUUGAGAUGUGUCUUCCAACCAGCUCCGCAGUACAUAACCAUCUAGAUAAGCAACAUCUCUCCGGAGCCAGCCUAGGGCCCUCUUGAGCAGAUACCAACAGACUCAUAUACAGCUCCAUUACUAAGGUUUUAUUUAAUUACAGAGUGCAAAUAUUUUUCAAGUGCUCCUUAGCUUUUGUACACCAAGAAGCCACAUUUUUGCCUUAAACACUCCUUGUGGAUUAUUAAUUGUAUAUACAUACAUUGGCAUCAACUGGGAUAAAAGCCAACUUGUCAUGACAUUUCCUUUAACAUAGUUUCUUUAGAGCAGCAUUCUUGCUACUGAAGUUAAUGUGUUUACUCUUUCCUUCUCACACUCUCAGUUAAAAAGGUGAGCUAAUUCUCCCAGCUGUUUUUGAUUGAUUAACAGACAAUCCCAAAUUCAAACUGUUAAAGAACAGUUUGAUUUUUAUGGCUCUCCUUAAGUAUGAGACAUGUCUUCUUUUAUUGAAUUUCUUUCAACAUCCUAGAUGAUAGGUUGUUUUUUUUCUCUUUUUUUCAAUGGAUCCAAGGUUUACAAUAGCACAAGGCUAAAUCACAGAGUAACUAGAAAAGGUUACGUACAUGCUAAUAGAUUGACAAAUGCCACUUCUGGAUGAAUUGCUUGUCAGCUUUUUUCUGCAUUGUGAAAAAUAAUCAACAGUGUGGGUCUUUCAUUAGCAGUGAACGGCUUUUUAGCUCACCAUCUUUUUUCCUGCAAUUCAAUUACCUACAACAACAGAGCAAAGUCUGUGCUCAUUUGUAGACUGGAAUCAUUAAGCAGUUAAAUAGAAGGAUUCUGAAAUAGUAUGUCACAACUUAACAAAUUUAGGGCUGGUGAAAAAAAAUCAACCCUAAAUGAUGAUAAUUUUGUAGUGUUACACAAAGCUCCGAGAACUGGAAGAGAUUAUGUAAAUUUUUUCUUUUUCUUUGCUUUAUUUUUUGUUUUAAUUUACUUGCUUAUUUUGGAGGAGGAAGGAUUUGGUAUGGGGCAAAAUAAUAUCAAAACUAACAGAAUGAAACCAACUUUCUUCUUUCUUCUUUUAUAGCAGUAGAUAAAGCAAAAUUCAUAAGUGAGCUAUGGAAAGAAGAGUGUCUCUAAAAAAAUGUCUAGUUUCCCAGUGUCUUUUCAAACUUAAGCCACAGUAGCAUUUAUUCAAAGGAUAGAAAACAUCUAAAAGUUUAGGCCUCUCCAAAAUCUUUAUAGCCUGAUAUUUUCAGUUUUCACCAACUGGGCUGAAGAUGUUAUUUCUUUUAACAACUGGAAUUUCCAAAUAGGUUAUCUGUAUUUAAAGAUGCUGAACUUUGAUAUUUUUUCCAAUACUUAAAAAAGAAACUGGUAUAAUUUACCCGUGAACCUUGAUUCUGAAAUUCAUUCCAUACCUGUCUCAUUUUGCCUUUUACACCAAGAAGCGAAGUUUAAUACCCAGUUUUGAAGCUAAAAAUUAGAUUUAAAGCCUAUGUUGCCUUUAAUUCACAUUUUCUAUUUUUCUUCAAAAUUCAGCCUUUUAAACUGUAACUGGAUAUUUCUUCAAAUAGAUGACGUGGCUGAUGUUCUAUUAAGUAUAAUGAAGUAGUUAAAAACUCAUGGAAAGUCUUUCCAGCAAAACUUGUAGCUUGUGUCUUGGCUAAAUACUCAAGGGUUAAUACUGUCCUGUUGUUUAGUGUCUUCUUCCUAAAGAGAACUUUUGUAUUGUAAUUUAUUUUUUAUUGUGCCUUAAACACUUAUGCAAAUAACCUUUAGUAAUAAAGAAUUACCAAUUAUA